UAUAUAAGCUCCAUGUUUGAAAUCUCACCGUCACAUCAAGAAGACUUGCAAUACCAAGUGCUAUGGCCAAUUCUAACAUUUUUGCCCUUGUGGUGAUUUGCAUUGCUGCAGUUGCAGUGUCUGCAACUUAUUACUCCGGUGGAGGAAACUGGUACCCAGGUGGUGGAAAUAUGUAUCCAGGAGGAGGAAGUCUGUAUCCAGGAGGAGGAAACUGGUACCCAAGCGGCGGAAUCAACUGGUACCCAGGAGGAGGAAAUAUGUACCCAGGCGGCGGAAACAACUGGUAUCCAGGAGGAGGAAAUUGGUAUCCAGGAGGAGGAAACCUGUACCCUGGCGGAAUUGGCAGGAAUUGUCAGUGCAGACAAUACUGUUACAGAAAUGAAUAUUCUCAAGGAUACUGUGGCUACAGUUUAUUAAAACAAUGCUGUUCAAGAUGGGGACAUUCGAAAAAGGGUUAUUACUAG